AUGUCAGGCACAUAUAACAGUCCUGUUUUAUAUUACAAACCUCAAGGCUCUGAGGACAGUCAGCAUAAUUUAGAUUGCUCAGAUUUCUGCAUUAUUAUUAUGAAUGAUAUACAACGUUAUGCUGUCAUGAAGUUUGCACAAAAAUUUGUAUGUAUUGAUGGUACCCAUGGAACGAAUCCAUAUAAUUUUGAGUUAACCACUUUGAUGGUUAGCGAUGACUUUGGUGAAGGAAUUGCUGUGGCAUACAUGAUUUCAAAUAGAAUGGACACUACAACUUAUAAAAUAUUUUUUAACUGUAUUAAAACAGCACUAGGUAAAAAUAUCACUACAGAUACGUUUAUGAGUGAUAUAACCGAAACAUUUUAUAAUGGAUGGACAGCAGUGAUGGGGCCUGUGCCUAAUCGAUUAUUUUGUUCCUGGCACAUUGAUCGUGCAUGGAGAACUAAUUUAGGAAAAAUUUCUUCACUUGAAAAAAGAAAGGAAGUAUAUAAGUGCUUGAAAUUUAUACAAAGUACUUUAAAAGUUGACAUUUUUAACAGACGUUUUGUUGAAUUUUUGACCCAACUGGAGAAUGAUUCUGAUACUGUUAAAUUUUAUGAGUACCUGACUAAAAAUUAUAGUUCAAAUACCAAGUCGUGGGCAUACUGUUAUAGAAAGGAGUUAUUAAUAAAUACAAAUAUGUACUUGGAGAGUAUGCACCGUAUUAUUAAGUAUGAAUACCUAGAAGGAAAAAAGGUGAAACGCCUAGAUAAAAGCAUACAUAAUUUGAUGCGCUACACCCGAGAUAAACAAGUGGAAAGACUAAUUAAGAUAACAAAAGGAAAAAGGACUGAUCGAUUGACUGCCAUUAACUCUAGCCAUAAAGUAGCCACAAAUUCUAAAUUUGAUAUUGAAAGUGUAGAAGGAAGUGACGAAUUUAAAAAAUGGACAAUUAAAAAUACAACAAACACAAAAACAUAUACUGUUACAGAGAAAACUAUUAAUGUAUGUUGUAUGUUAUCUUGUCAGCUAUGUAAAAUAUGCUACCAUUCCUACUCGUGUACUUGCCUCGAUUAUUUUAUAAAAUCAAAUAUUUGCCAGCAUAUUCACUACCUCUGUAUUACACAUAUAUUAUUGUAUAUUAAUAUUAUGUGA